AUGGCGAAGGGAAGUAAUGGUAACCGAGAAUCUGAUGACCGUAACGAGGAAGGAAGAAAUGGCAGAGGAGGUCGUGAAGGGAACGGUAUUGGACACCCUAAAAACAUAAGAAGGGAAGGGGGUGGAAGAGAUCAACGUUCACGUGGAGAAGGAAGUAAUGGCCGAAGACGCGAGAGAAAACCGAAGGAUUCUUCUUCAGGGUCAUUGACAACACCAACUCCAGACCACCUUUCAAGAUCUUUCUAUCAAACACCUGUCAUUCUUGAACGUAGACCACAAACCUCCGGAGUUUCAACUUCACAGGCUUCAGAUAAGGUUGAAGAAGAAGGCUCUUCACAAACAACAUUUCACCCGUCUGUUCGCAUAUUUCGCGACGAUUCUUUUAACCGCGCAUCUCCAGUCAACGCACCACGCGUAGAGACUAAGCCAAUGACUUUUAAAGGAAAGCCAUUCGACAAACCAUUUGUGAAAAUGAUCAAUGAGAGGGGUGUACUUAACCACGAAUCUGUUUUAAAGAUUUUAAGUGAUCUUCCGGGUCAUUUCGUUGUUGGUGUAUGUGGACCUCAAGGAGUUGGAAAAUCUACUGUUAUAUCUGCAUUAUGUCAAGACCCGCAGAAUGCUUUCCCUGCACAAUCAGUCGAUACACUAAAUUUAGCGAGCCAUGAAACUACGGGUAUUGAUAUUCAUAUCACACCUGAAAGGAUCAUACUUUUAGACACUCAGCCUGUUUUUAGUUUAUCAGUUCUCGAACAUGCGAUGAGAAAUGAUUACAUUCCCGAUAAUAUAUCUCCCGAGUUAUGGCUUGAACUGCAGUCACUUCAAAUUGUUAUCUUUCUUUUUUCGGUUUGCAACGUUGUUAUUACUGUCACUGAGAGUAUAGAUUAUGCAAUGUGGAACUUUUUAAAGAAAGCCGAAAUGUUGAAAUAUCAUAUACCAGAAUUUCCAACUAUACCAUCAUUAGCGUCAGUGGACGCUGGUACCGAAUAUUAUCCUGAUAUUGGGACCGUUUCCAUGACAAAGUCAUUGACAAUGUACAAAUCUCCAGAUAAUCGACGAUUACCAAAUGUUUUUCUUCUGCCUUACGAGAAUCAACCCCUUCGUCCUAAGGGGGAGUAUAUUGGAUUUACUUAUUUAAAUGCACCUGAUACGUUUAUCGUCUUGACAGAAUCUUUGAGAAAUCAAAUAUUCCAGUUGCCAAAAAAGGCUGGUAAAAAGGGCCAGGUGUCUGAAAAGGAAUGGUUCCGAAGUUCAAUGAGAAUUUGGGAUAUCGUUCGUAAAUCAGAAUUUAUUAACGAAUAUGGGAAACUUGCGGCAAAAUUAAGAGAGAUGUGA